CACGAUUUGUUUUCAACUAAUUGCUUUGAAACCGAUGAAAUUCACUUUGUAAUUUUUUUACUAUUUACCUUUUUAUUUAAUAAAGAAGAAAGAAAAGGGAGUAAAGAAAAAGCACAAAUCCCACUUCUGUCUGGAAAGUCUCAACUCUCUGAACACACAGGUAUCCCAUUGAAACACUCAAUCGAAGAAAGACAGGAGAAACUAAUAAAUGGAAUCCCAAGUAAAAGUAAAAAAAUAAAGAACUUGGUAUAAAUUUACUAAUUUAGUACAAACAAAAGCAAGAAAGUAAACCCAGUAGUGAAUCUCCAAAACAAACAUUAGUUAGAACAAGAGGACAAAAUACUGAUAUGGGUGCAGGCACCUAAUCCUGCUAUUGCUAAUGGUGCUCUUCCUAAUCCUUCCCAGUUCCCACCUUUUAGAAUUCAAAAUAUCUGUUUUUUUAUUUCCUCCAUUUUCUUUAUUCAGAAAAGAAAGAGGAUAGGAAGAAUAAUUUGCCAACCAAAUAAAAUAAAAAGGAAAGAAUAUGAUUAUUAAGUUAUAUGGUGGAGAUUGCAGCAAAGGCAGAGGAGAGGUAGGGAGGGGUUCCAUUGCUGAAGAGGAUAUGAGAGGGACAUCCAGCAAUCAGCUUCAGCUGAGAGAUAUGCUGCUGGUCUAGAGAGAGAAUCUAGAUAGAGAAAGAAGCUAACCCAGAUUGGGUUUUUGUGUGAAGAAGGAAGGAAGCAGAAGAAGAAUCAGGGAAGGGGAAGGGUUUAAGAGGAGGGGUUUAGGUCUACCAACUGGUAGUUAAGAGAUUGAAACUCCUUAACCAAAUCCCCAUAAGAAAGAAACUAACAAGUUGUGAGCUUUACCAACAACAACAGCAGCAAGCAACAUAAGGAGGAGAUGGGAGAAUAAGCUCUAGAAGGCUGCUGCUGAAUCCACAAGAAGAAGGGGAAGUCAAGCUGAUUACAGUCUCCACCAACCACCAAGAUAUAGCCUUUUCUUCUUACUCAUCAUCAUAAUUCUAUCUCUCUCUCUCUCUCUCUCUGCUUUCACUCUCUAGCUGCUAUUUUCCUUUCACUCUCAAACUUCGUUUCAACAAACUGUUGGAUGGGGAUUUGAGGCUUGAAGCAACAAAGCUCCAACCAAAGCUAAGAAAAGAAAGGGGAUCCAGAGGGAAAGAAGGAAGGAAAGAAAGAAAGCUUAGCCUAACCCUCCCACCACCACCACCACCACCACCAUUUCAACAAAAAAGGGCCACACAGUGAUUGCUACAAACAGAAAGCUAUCAUUUGGUAUUCCCCUUUGAGAAAGAAAGGCAAAGAAAGAGAAGAGAGGGAUGCUCACGUGGGGAUUUUUCUAUGGAAUGAUGGAUGGAGAAUAUAUGAUGGGAGGAGAUAAAAGAUCAAAAGUGAGAGGAAGAGACUUAUGAUCCCUCCCCCACAACGAGCAGAAAAGAAGAAAGCGAGAGAAUAGUUCAUUGCCAUCUCCUUUCAAUUAUCACUUCCUAUCUUUUCAGAGGAAAAAGAAGACAGGGGUGGGGGGAAAAGAAGGAAUUUUUUUGCUUCUUCUAGCCUUUGUUUCUCCCUCUCCUAGAGUGUAUAUUCCUUGAGGAAGGACUUUGUAUAUUGUUAUUUUUGUUGGGUUCUUCUUCUUCUUGUUCUAAGUUAGUGGUGGAUCGAUCGAUGUGUUUGAGGUUUCCCUGUUCCCUGAGGCACCCACAAAACUGUUUACUGGUUUCCAGGUACAAAUUUUUUAUUCAGCCAUUAAAUUAAGCUUCCCUUUUGCUGCCAAAGUUUUCAUCUUUUUGUUUUGCAUUCUUCUUAUCUCUUGGCUGUCUCUUUCUCUCCUCCAUGUGCUUGAUGGAAAGGAAGAGAAGAAGAGGAAGAUGGGUUUUAAGUGGUGGUGACUGUGGUGAUGUCCCAAUAGGGAAAUUGUUAAUUUAUUGGCAACUUUUGUGUGUGUUGGAAUGAGCAAAAAUUGAAUAUGCUGUUGUGUAGGGAUUUGCAGAUUCUGGGUUUGUCUUGUUUGUGUUCUUUUGCAGGAGGGUGUUCCUUUUCCUCUUCUUCUUCUUCUUUUUCUAUCUUGGGGUUUGUUUGGGGUUGGUGGAUGCUUCUGUUCUGAAAGUUUUGUUUCCUUGAUCUUCUUUUUUAUUCUUGGGUGGUGUCUUAAGUUACUUAAUGUUGUGUACUAGAUUGGUCAUUUCCCCCCCUCUUUUACCUUGCCUCUUGGGACAACUAGGAACCAGGAGAUGAUGAAGUUGUCAGAGAGACGAAGUUGAGAAGGGGGUGACUACGCGUGCAAUCUGAUUAGAAGAUCUUAACAUAAGAGGGAAAAGGAGAAGCUCAUGAUUUGAAAUAAAAAAAUGGCAACUUACUAUCCCAGUUCCAGCAAUGAGAGGGAGGCUGCUGCUACUCCAAUGGUAUAUCUUCCUGGUGCAUAUUCCGAGACUCCAGUUCUUACCGGCAACAUGAUGAUGUACAUGAAUCCCGGGUCAUACUCAGAUGCAUUACCUAACAAUGCUCAGCAGCAAAACAACUGCAUUGAAAUUCAGUCUGUAGAGGGAUCAACAUCAACCCAGCAGCAGCAGCAGCAGCAGCAGCAGCAAGAGAUACUGACGAAUUUUGAUGGAUCACGAGUCGGUGAGCAUGAUUUCAAUGCUUGGAGAGAUGGCAGAAAUGAGAUGCUUGUUAUGCACUCGAUCGCUGGUACUUCUAGCAACAUUCUUCACCAGAAUUUGCAAGGACAAGGCUUGUCUUUGAGCUUGGGGACACAAAUCCCAUCUGGAAUUCAAAUGCCUUACCGGAAUGCUAACCCAGGAUUUACAUCAUUCUUAAGUCCCAAUCCAUCUACUGUAGCUGAGAGCCCAACUGGUAGGAAUGAUCAACCAAGGAGUGCUGAGUUUUUGGGACAUGGUGUCUACCUUGGUGGAGGAGUUCAUCAGGAUGCUGGCAAUAAAGGGGAAUAUGCACAGUAUGGAAUGACGAGUAUAGCAAGAACCAUUCCUAAUUCCAAGUAUCUCAAGGCAGCACAACAACUGCUUGAUGAAGUCGUUAAUGUUCGGAAAGCUCUGAGGCAGGCUGAUAAGGACAAGAGCCAGAAAACAAAUGAGAAUGAUAUGAACAACAGCUCCAAGGAAGGAGACAGUGGAUCAAAGAAUGAUGAAUCUCUGAACAAUUCAGCCAACGAGCUUUCGCAUUCUGAAAGACAGGAGCUGCAGAAUAAGUUGACAAAGCUCUUGUCCAUGCUGGAUGAGGUUGACAGAAGGUACAAGCAGUACUAUCACCAGAUGCAGAUUGUAGUGUCGUCAUUUGACGUCAUAGCAGGCUGUGGGGCUGCCAAACCGUAUACAGCUCUCGCCUUGCAGACCAUAUCUCGCCAUUUCCGGUGCUUGAGGGACACCAUUAACGGACAGAUUAAGUCUGUCAGGAAAAGCUUAGGUGAGCAAGAGACAUCAGAGAAUAGCAAAGGUGUUGCAAUAACACGGCUUCGGUAUGUCGAUCAGCAGCUGAGGCAGCAGAGGGCUCUUCAGCAGCUUGGCAUGAUGCAACAACACACUUGGAGGCCACAGAGGGGACUGCCCGAGAACUCUGUCUCAAUUCUUCGUGCCUGGCUGUUCGAGCAUUUCCUUCAUCCUUAUCCGAAGGAUUCAGACAAGAUUAUGCUGGCUAGGCAGACUGGAUUAACUCGAGGCCAGGUCUCAAAUUGGUUCAUCAAUGCACGAGUACGUCUCUGGAAGCCGAUGGUGGAAGAGAUGUACAAAGAAGAACUCGGCGAUGCAGAGAUGGACUCCAACUCCUCCUCCGAGACGGCUGCUGCCAGAGCACUCUCAAGGGCUGACAUGAGAAGCUCCGAGGACCAAGGUGAAGAAAUGCAGCACCAACAACAAAGUGUGACCUCAUCUUCCGCGAUAGAACAAGCUAUGGAGAAAACGUCUGAUCAUCAUCAUCAACAUCAUCUUGUUCACGACAUGGAUAUGGUUGGAGGCUCAACCGCGAGGCCCCAAUUCCAAUUCGGCACAACACAUGGGAGGCUUGAUGUCGACAAUUGUGGCCUUUACAAUGAGGCCAUUGUUGGGGGAGGUGGUGAUAGUAGAUUCAUGGCAGCAGCUGCUGCAGCGUACCAGAUGCAGGAAAUGGGGAGGUACGGUGGCGGGAGUGGGGGUGGUGUGUCGUUGACAUUAGGGUUGCAGCAUUGUGAAGGUGGUGGUGGUGGAGGAUUACCAAUAUCCAGUGCAAGCCAUCAUCAUCAUCCUAACCACGGAUUUGUUUCCAUGAGAGGUGAUGAUAUCUAUAGUGCAGCAGCAGCCGCAGCAGCAGCGUCGUCUGUAGGUGGAGAGACGAGUGAGUUUGAAUGUGUAAACCCGGGGAGUAGGCAGCAACACAGGUUCAGUUCCUCCCAUUUGUUACAUGAUUUUGUAGCGUGAAAAUGGUCGAAUCCAGAUUCGACCAGGAUUGGCUUGUUGAUGGUGAAGAAGGGAAAAGCUUGUGUAUACAAACACUGUUGUAGCAUAUUCAGCAAAGAAGUGGGAGGGGCCAGAGGGGAGUGGGGUGGGGUAGAAUAUUUGUAAAGAUACAUAAUUUUUUUGGCUGUCUAAAGAAUGUGGGAAGAGUUAAGUGUACAAUUAAGUAGUGUCACAAUUGGGGUUAUUGGUGAAAGGGGGGAAAACAGAAUACAUUCAUGGUUUUGAAAUAAAGAUUGUUAUGAAUUGGUAAAAACCAUUGGUCUUUUCUCUUUUGAUUGUAGUAACACCAGCUUGUUGAGUAGAGACUGGGGAGUUGCUAGCUAGGCAAGGUUGAUUAUCUUUGAAGAA